AUGGGUUCCCGGAAAAAUUCUUGCUCCAAGACAGGUGAAACAUGGGACCUGGAGACUCUGGACAGCUCUAGCCCGGACUCUGCCAAUCACCUGGAAGAGCAAUGGCUGAAAUCCACCCGUAGCCUCAGUGACGAUGAGCACAGCGUGGAGGUCGUACUGGAAGAUUCCCGGGAGCUGCUGUCCUUAACCUCACCCCCGCCAGGCAGAGAGAUUAUCAGGUAUGAAGUCACUGUGAACCAACGGAACAUCGAAGACAUCUGCCUCUGUUGUGGAAGUCUCCAGGUGUAUACGCAGCACCCCUUAUUUGAGGGGGGGAUGUGUGCCCCAUGUAAGGACAUAUUCCUGGAGACCAUCUUCCUUUACGAUAUGGAUGGGCACCAGAGUUACUGCUCCAUAUGCUGCUUCGGGAAAACCCUGUUUAUCUGUGAGAGCCCCGACUGUACCAGAUGCUACUGCUUUGAGUGUGUGGAUAUCCUGGUGGGUCCCGGGACCUCAGAGCGAAUCAGUGCCAUGGCCUGCUGGGUUUGCUUCCUGUGCCUGCCUUUCACUCGGAGGGGACUGCUGCAGAGGCGAAGGAAGUGGCGUCACCAGCUGAAGGCCUUCCACGAUCUAGAGGGGUCAAAUCCUGUGAAGAUGUACAAGAUAGUGUCUGCCUGGAAGAGACAGCCCGUGAGGGUGCUUAACCUUUUUGGGAAGAUUGAUAAAGAGCUUGAGAGUUUGGGCUUUCUGGAAAGUGGUUCUGGUUCAGAAGAGGGAAGACUGAAGUACUUGGAAGACGUCACCAAUGUUGUGAGAAGAGAUGUGGAGAGAUGGGGCCCCUUUGACCUCGUGUAUGGCUCGACACAGCCCCUAGGCUACUCUUGUAACCGCUGCCCUGGCUGGUACAUGUUCCAGUUCCACCGGAUCCUGCAGUAUGCUCAACCACCCUCAGGGAGUCAGCAGCCUUUCUUCUGGCUCUUUUUGGACAAUCUACUGCUGACAGAGGAUGACCAGGCCACAGCAACCCGCUUCUUCCAGGUGGAGGCUGUGACCCUCCAGGAUGUCCGCAGCAGAGUCCUCCAGAAUGCUGUGCGGGUGUGGAGCAACAUCCCAGGGUUGAAGAGCAAACACUCGGCCCUAACACCUAAGGAGCUGCAGUCCCUGGAAACCCAGACCAGAACCAGAGGCAAGAUGGCUACCCAGAAAGUUGACCUCCUGGUGAAGACCUGCCUUCUCCCCCUGAGAGAGUAUUUCAAGUAUUUUUCUCAGAACCCACUUCCUCUUUACAAAUGA